AUGCAGUUACUUGUACUCGCAGCGGCGCUUCUCUUUACGCACCGCUUCACCCGCGCUGCGCGCUCUGAAGAGUGCGCCUCCCGCUGCGACGUGAGCUCCUGUCCGAGCCCCAGCUGUCCCGGCGGGCACGUCCCGGAUAGAUGUAACUGCUGCCUGGCGUGUUCUCCGCGCGAGGGGGACCCCUGCGGCCGCAAAACCGACCUGCCCUGCGGGGAUGGCUUGGAGUGCAAGCUGCUCGCUGCGGGGAGGCGGCGACGCACCAAGGGGGUCUGCCGGUGUAAGAUGGAGCAUGGGUGCGGAAGCGACGGCAAAACGUAUGGUCAUGUGUGUAAGAUGAGAGCAGCCACCCGUGAAGGGGUGGGGGUGGGGGGUGCAGUCAGCCAAGUGCACAAAGCACCGUGUGCACCUUCAAGCGCAGGUCGUCCACUGGUCCAUCCCAGCAGCCCGCGAUACAAUUUCAACUUCAUCGCUGACGUGGUGCAGAAGAUAGCUCCUGUUGUUGUCCACAUUGAACUGUUCAUAAGACAUCCCCUGUUUGGUCGCAUGCGUCUCUCCAGUGGCUCUGGUGUCAUUGUGACCAACUCGGGGGUGAUUGUGCUUAUAUAUUUUGGUCGUUUGCAUAUGCGUCAACAUAAUUAUUGUGAGGGUAAAAAACACCCUCCAAGUCCCCAGAACCAAGCUCCACACUAUGGGCGAUCAGGCCUUUUCCUCUGCAGCUCCGAGGCUGUGGAACACCCUCCCCGACCAUCUGAGGGCCCCACAGACUGCAGAGGCUUUUAA